GGUCACAGGAGCGCGCGGGUGUUUUGAAGUAAGUGACAGCGUGAGGUGGCGUGAAACUAGAGAAUUAUCUGUUUGCUAAAAUGCAGAGAACCAUGAAAGAAACAUAUGAGGAUGAGAUACAAUCCUUGCAAGAAGAGAUCCAGAAUUUGAAUCAACAAUUUAAAGAAAAUCAAGAGGAAGCUGCCUUCUUGUCUCAUGACAUUGCAAAGACCCUCGAGUCGUAUCGUAGAAGAGCUAUCUUUCAUGUUGGGAGUACUGAAGCGAAUGUAAAAGACUUGCAGCUGAUUGGGCCAUUUGAAAAAGAUCUUCAGUUUCUUACUGCUAUCUCUGGGAUAGAGUUUACCAAAUACUUAAAAAAAACAGAAUGCCGGAAAUACAAAACAUUACAAUCCUCUAUGCAGAGAACCAAAACGCUAUUUAAGCACAGGUUGAUGGGUCAGUGCCAGUCACUCGCAUUUCAGCUGGAAUUUCAAACAAUGGAAUCACAGGGUAAAUGCAGUGCCGGUUAUGAUGUUACUGACUUAAACAUUAUUAUGGAAUAUGGAGAAUAUGCUGAUCUAAGCAAAUUUGUAUGCAGGACUGAGGAGAGAAAGAAUCUAUUGCUCUUUUUUCGUACCCUUUCCAAGUUUGCAGAGUGGUGUGAAUAUCGCAAGUUUAUCUUUGCACAGUUCAAGGUAAGACUGCCUUUUUUGUCCACAUCGUUUAAUGUUUUUAGUUCAUCAACAUGAUUUAUGCACACAAUGUGAACUUGUCACAGAGUUUUCUGUUAUUUGGUCUUAUUU